AAGUAGAGAGGAAACAAAGAUCAAAGUAAAAAAAGAAUGGAAAUAUCAAAAAUUGUUAGUAUCUCAUUGCUUGUUAUCCUUUUAGCCUUAGUUUGCUCUGCGACUUCAAAUUCUGUUGAUGUGAAGUUCUUGCAAUGUUUUUCCUCUCAUUUGCGGAAUUCCAAGCCAAUUUCGCAGGUUAUCCUCCCCAGAAACAGCUCCCGCUACUCAUCUGUCUUGCAAUCUUCCAUUAGAAACCUGAGGUUCUCGAGCACUUCAGCUCUGAAACCUGAAUUUAUUAUCACCCCGUUUAAUGAAUCUCACAUUCAAGCAGCCGUAGUCUGUGCUAAGGCAUACAAUAUGCUGAUAAGAACACGAAGUGGAGGUCAUGAUUAUGAGGGUCUUUCUUAUGUUUCUGAUGAGAAAUUUGUACUAGUUGAUCUUGCCAGUUUGAGAUCCAUCAGUGUUGAUAUAGAAAGUGAGAGUGCAUGGGUUGAGUCUGGUGCAACUCUAGGAGAGUUGUAUUACAAAAUUGCAGAGAAAAGUAAUGUCUAUGGCUUCCCUGCCGGGAGCUGUCCUACUGUUGGUGUUGGAGGACAUAUUAGUGGAGGUGGAUUUGGAACCAUAUUUCGAAAAUAUGGGUUGGCUUCUGAUGCUGUUAUUGAUGCCAAAUUAGUUAAUGUUAAUGGAGAAAUUCUUGACAGAGAAUCAAUGGGAGAAGAUCUCUUCUGGGCUAUUAGAGGGGGAGGAGGUGCGAGCUUUGGAAUCAUCUUGUCAUGGAAAGUAAGGCUGGUUUCAGUUCCUCCAACAGUAACUGUUUUCAGCGCUGCAAGAACCUUAGAACAAGGUGGAAGCAAGCUUCUCCAUAAGUGGCAAACUGUUGGUAAUCAGCUUCCUGAAGACCUUUUCCUCCACGCAGUAACAGGAGUUGUGGUCUCUAGCCCGAACAGCAACCGAACCAUUCAAAUCUCAUUUGAUGCAUUAUAUCUUGGAACAGCUGAGCAGGUUAUCCCUCUGAUGCAAUCUAAAUUUCCUGAACUUGGCAUCACAAGGGAAAACUGCACCGAAAUGAGUUGGAUCCAAUCUGUACUCUACUUUGCUGGUUUCCCCAAGAAUGAAUCCUUAGACGUUCUGCUUAAUCGGAAAACACAACCCAAGGAAUUCUCCAAAGCAAAAGCAGAUUAUGUGCAAGAACCCAUUUCAGAGACCGGACUGGAAGGACUAUACAAAAGACUUCUUGAAUCAGAAACAUCAAUGCUAAUCCUGACACCGUAUGGAGGAAGAAUGAGUGAGAUAUCAGAAUCAGAAAUACCUUUCCCUCACAGAAAUGGAAACUUAUACAAAAUCCAAUACUUGGUCACUUGGGAUGUGGAAGAGGAAACGAAGCAGCAUAUAGAGUGGAUCAGAAGUCUGUAUUCUUACAUGGCAGCUUAUGUUUCAAAGCUCCCUCGAGCAGCAUACUUGAACUACAGGGAUCUUGAUUUAGGAAGGAACAAGAAGAAGGGCAACACUAGUUUUGCACAAGCUAGUGUUUGGGGGCUGAAAUACUUCAAGAAUAAUUUUAAGAGGCUAGUAAAUGUAAAGACUGCAAUAGAUCCUUCCAACUUCUUUAGAAAUGAACAAAGCAUCCCACUACACUCAUUCAAGGGAGUUAAAAGGGGAAAAACUAAUAGUCUAUAAAAAACCAAGAAAUUCUUAGAUAAAUUUAAUCACCUAUUUUAUUA